CAGAGGAAGAAAAGAGCUGAGGGGAACAAGAAGAUACACACCUGGUACAUGUGAAGGAUUCAUGUGUUGAUAUGAAUUUUUGUCGUCAACUUGUCUAAGCUGAUGCUUCAGGACAAAAUGGAAGAUUGUGCUAGGGAUUACCCAAUCGAUUUUUUAUUAUUUUUGGUGUUUCAAGCUGCUCCCUCUCUCUAAAUACAGAGAGGGAGAAAAACACCAGAGAGGAAAUACUUAAAAGGAGGGGCAAGAAAGUAUUUUAAGGGGAAAAAAGGAACUGCAACUACUCCUCUGGAAGCUGAUUUGCACUCUGCACUGGCAGAUUGUGGAUUUUCUGCCCUUUCAGCGUGCCUGGGAUUUGAUUGACAUUGAUGUUACUAACCUAAGCUCUGCCUAGCUUACUGAGUGAACCCGCAGCUGGAGUUUUCUUUGCAGAAUGUCAGAAAGAAUGGAUGAAAAGGUUCUUUUCAACAAGAAGAUUCAAGUUUUUGUCAGGACUUGCCAUUUUUUCUGAUCUGAAAUCUAAACCUCUCUAUAGCAGCUCCGCAUGUAGCCUCAUUGUCCUGCUGGACGGCUGACAUACAUCAAGGUCCUAACCCUUCUAUUCUCUAACAGCAAUUCUUCCAACUUUGUCCAUCUUCUAAUAAACUCUGAAGAACAGCAUCCCCCAAGGAUGAUCUUACCAACCCUGGUUAUAGCAUAUUUUUAGUACCGGUAUGUCAAAUAGUGUUUUAAACAUACAAGGGAUCUACUUUUUGUGAUGAUGUGCACAUACAGUUGACAUUAAUACAGUUGCAAAUAUAUAAUGUGGAAUAAACAUUAUGUUCAAUAUUAUAACUGUCUUUUUCUCAAAUGUACAAUUUUGCUUGGAAAUUGAAAGUGUCAAUUUUUAAUUCCUGAUUGACUCAGCAUUUGAACUGAUAAGACAGACAUUUGAGUAAAACUCCUUUUACGUCACAUAAUACUUUUUAAAUUCAUUUUUAACCUGUUGUUGAUUCCACAGCACUGAUAAAUGCUUCUUGAACAAUUUAACCCCCCAUGCCCGACUCAAAGACAAAGCAUGAUCCAUGGUUAAAUGUUAACAUUCCAGCUCCGCCCGUCACAGGUCUAAGCAGACCAAAGGUUCACCGUCAGCCUUCUCCUAGUGACUCCACCUGAGAGUGGUAAUCAGCUGCUUGGCUUCUCCACGAUCCAACUUCUUUCUGUUCUAGUGUCUAACUGCAGAGCUCAGAAACACACAUCUCUUGCAGUUGGCCUUUAAAUCAAGGUACAAACAACAGGAGCCGCUAUGGAUGCUCAUUACACGCAUAUUUCCAGAGAGGAUCUAGAAGACCUCCGAGAAGCCUUUAAUAAAAUUGAUAUUGACAACAGUGGCUAUGUGAGUGACUUUGAGCUCCAGGAGCUGUUCAGAGAGGCGAGCCUCCACCUGCCUGGGUACAAAGUGAGGCAGAUUGUUGAGAGCUUCAACGCUGGAGAUGCUAACAAAGAUGAAAAGAUCAGCUUCAGUGAAUUUGUUUCCAUUUACCAAGAUCUGAAGAGUAAGGAGAUCAGUGAGUCAUUCAAAAGAGUCCUCUCUAAAAAAGAUGGGAUUUACUCUUUCGGAGGCCUUUCUGGAGUCUCCUGCGAGGGAACACAGCACUCCUAUUCAGAUGAGGAGAAAGUAGCCUUCGCUAGAUGGAUCAACAAAUCUUUGGCAAAGGAUCCUGACUGCAAACACCUGCUGCCUGUAGACCCAACUGAUGAGAGCCUUUUUGCCUCACUGCGUGAUGGCAUCCUGCUCUGUAAGCUCAUCAACCUGUCCCAGCCAGACACAAUCGAUGAACGAGUCAUCAACACAAAGAAACUUACCACCUUCACAAGGAGGGAAAACAUUGUCUUAGCCCUGAACUCAGCCUUGGCAAUUGGCUGCACGGUGGUGAGCAUCGAUGCACAUGACCUGAUGGCUGGGAAACCCCACCUGGUCCUGGGACUCCUGUGGCAGAUUAUCAAGGUCGGCCUCUUUGCUGAUAUCGAAAUCUCCAGGAACGAAGGCUUGAUUUCCAUUCUGAUGGAAGGAGAGGACAUAGAGCAUCUCAUGUCUCUGUCUCCUGAGGAGCUUCUUCUACGAUGGGUCAACUACCACCUAAUCAAUGCAGGAACAGAACAAAUCAGCAAUUUCAGCUCUGAUAUCAAGGACUCAAGGGCCUACUUCUACCUGUUGGACCAGAUUUCCCCACGAGAUGAAGAUGAAUUCCACAUGGGGAUCAAAAUCAACAUGGCUGGCCUCAAUGAGUGGGAUUUGGAGCGAAGGGCUGAGCUGAUGCUGCAGGAAGCAGCCAAGUUGGACUGCAGGCAGUUUGUUUCUCCCCGUGACGUCACGUCUGGAAACAUCAAACUCAACCUGGCCUUUGUGGCCAACUUGUUUAACAUGCAUCCUGGUCUGCACAAGCCUAAGUUUAACCUGGAAGGGGAACACAUAGAGCCUGAAACCAGGGAAGAGAAAACAUUCCGUAACUGGAUGAACUCCCUAGGUGUCUCUCCACGUGUAAACCAUCUUUAUCGGGACCUUUGUGAUGGCAUAGUGAUUUUGCAGCUUCUAGAAAAAGUCAGAGUAGUUGUGGACUGGAAGAGAGUCAACAACCCUCCUUAUCCUCAACUGGGAGGAAAUAUGAAGAAGCUGGAGAACUGCAACUAUGCCGUAAGGCUCAGCAAGGAGGACGCCAACUUCUCUCUGGUCGGAGUUGGAGGACAAAACAUCAACGAGGGAGAUCGUGUGCACACCCUGGCUCUGGUGUGGCAGCUGAUGAGAAGGUACACUGUCAUGGUUCUGUCCAAUUUGGGCCACAAAGAGAAAGAUGUGGAUCAGUUUAUCCUAAACUGGGUCAACACCACCCUUAAGGACAGUCGAAAGGAGACACACAUCAGCAGCUUUAAGGACAAGCUGAUCAGCACCAGUUUGCCUGUGAUUGACCUGAUUGACGCCAUCGCCCCUGGCAUGGUGAAGUGGGACAUGGUGAAGAGAGGAGAAAAGGGGGUGUUGAAGAAUGAUGAGAAACUCAACAAUGCCAAGUAUGCAAUCUCCUUGGCCCGUAAGAUCGGCGCUCGAGUCUACGCCCUGCCUGAUGACCUGGUGGAGGUGAAAAAUAAAAUGGUGAUGACGGUGUUUGCCUGCCUCAUGGGACAUGACUUGAGAAAAAGCAAACGCUGAAUAGAAAACCAUGUUUUAAAACAAAAGAAACCUACAUUUGCAUCUUUUCUCCUUUUUGUUUUUAAUUUGUAUCAUACUUUUCUUUCCUUUCAAUGAACUUUUUGCAUUUAUCUGCCAGAACAAAUCUAUAGGACAUUUGUUGUUUUCCUAGCUAACUUGUAAUUGAUUUCAAUUUUGUUAAGCUGCUUCAUUAGUUUAUCUAUGAUUUGAUUCAUACAGUUUUUUUAAACACCACUUUGGUUGAUUCUAAAUAAACUUUUCCUAGUCCGAAGCGUUCAUCACCUUUUGCAAUUAAAGAUGAACCACAGGGGUGAAAGAAUCACAAAUAAAAGCCUUAUUUUAAACCUAUGAAUGUCAUGCACUGAAUAUUGAUAUUAAAUUACUGAACUGAACAUUAUUAAAUAUAAAAGUUCAAUAGUUUUGUGUGUAUACUGUGUCUGUGCUUUUCUAUUCCCAGAUGGUUUGAAUCAGCCACAUGAAAUGUAAGGCUUUUAUAAUCUGAGUCUUUGAAACCUGAUUUAUCAUUAUAGAUUUCAUAGGCUUGUAAAUUGUGUAAACCAUAUAUUGCAUCUCUGUAUGUUUUGGGAUUAACAAAAAAGAAAUGAAUGGAAGAAAGAGGUUGCUGCAAAUUCAUUUAAGUUUAGUGUA